UAGUCUUUUCCCCCAUCCCCCAGAUCCAGAUCUAGCUCCCCACACCGAUGGCAGAUCUGGCCACGAUGGUGCCGGACGACGUGCUCGCGGGUGUCCUCCGCCUCCUCGCACCACGCGGCCUCGCCGCUUCCCGCUGCGUCUGCAAGGCAUGGCGCCGCGUCAUCGACGACCGCAGACUGCUGCGGGCGGACCUCCUCCCGCGCUCGCUUGGUGGCAUCUUCCUCAACUACCUGGACCUAUGGUUCACGCAGUUCCUCUCCCGCCCCACGACAGGCACCGCAAUCUCUGGCCGGCUGGACUACACGGUGCCUGGCGAGCCCGACCUCAUGCCCCCCAUCCACGUCCGAAAUCACUGCAAUGGCCUCCUCUUGCUCCACCACUGCGUGGUCAACCCUGCCACACAGCAGUGGGCGCCCCUGCCACCUGCCCCAGACCUGCCCCAACCCCCACAUCCAGGCAUGAUCUCCUUUCCGCGCGAGCACCUUGUGUUUGACCCCACUCUGUCGCCCAACUAUUUUGAAGUGCUCAUAGUGCCCGAUGUCCCUUCCAAGAACAACGACGAAUGUGAGGAGGAAGCUGAAUGGCCGCCAUCCACAUUGAUCCUACGUAUGUUUUCAUCAAAGUCUGAAUCUUGGGAGGAGAGGACAUUUGGUCGGGAAGGGGCGGCUGCAGGGACGUUUCCUGGCAUGGUUGGGUCAAUGCGAAUUUUUUUCAAACAUCAGUCUGCCUACUGGUGAGGAGCACUCUAUAUAUGUUGCUCUGAUUGUUUUGUUAUGAGAAUAUCACUGUCAAACAGUAUGUACCGAGCAAUUGAAUUACCUGCAGAAGAUGCAGAAUUUUAUCUAGGAAAAUCAGUCAAUGGGAUAUACUGUGCAUCGUUAUUUCAGGGGUUCCAACUUCAGGUUUGGU